UGCGAGUUGGCGCGUCGCGCAGGCGGCGGCGGCGGCAUGGGGCUGAGCCGGGUGCGGGCAGUGUUCUUCGACUUGGACAACACGCUCAUCGACACGGCCGGGGCGAGUCGGAAGGGCAUGUUGGAGGUGAUAAAGCUCUUACAAUCAAAAUACCAUUACAAAGAAGAGGCUGAAAUCAUCUGUAACAAAGUUCAAGUUAAACUCAGCAAGGAAUGUUUUCACCCUUCUAAAAGCUGCAUUACUGACCUCAGGACUUCACACUGGGAAGAAGCAAUCCAGGAAACAAAAGGCGGUGCGGCCAAUAGGAAAUUAGCUGAAGAAUGUUAUUUCCUGUGGAAAUCUACACGUUUACAGCAUAUGACACUAGCAGAAGAUGUCAAAGCCAUGCUCACUGAACUUCGAAAGGAGGUCCGCCUACUUUUAUUAACAAAUGGAGAACAACAGACCCAGAGGGAGAAGAUCAAGGCUUGUGCCUGUCAGUCCUAUUUUGAUGCUAUUGUUGUAGGUGGAGAGCAGAAAGAGGAGAAACCAGCACCUUCCAUAUUUUAUUACUCCUGUGAUCUCCUUGGAGUACAGCCUGGGGACUGUGUGAUGGUUGGUGACACACUAGAAACAGAUAUACAAGGAGGCCUCAAUGCAGGACUGAAGGCAACAGUCUGGAUAAAUAAAAAUGGAAUGGUGCCAUUGAAGUCAUCCCCCAGGCCGCAUUAUGUAGUUUCUUCUGUGCUAGAGUUACCUGCUCUCUUACAAAGUAUAGACUGCAAAGUCAGUGUGUCUGCUUAAAGCACAGAAAAGGGUAUGCUUACGAAUUUUAGGGUCAAAUUACAGGGUUUGAACUAAGAAAAGUUAAGGCAUUCUAUAUACUAUGACCCAGUUCUAAGGAUAAUUAUACUUGUCAUGUAAUGGCCAACCAACCAUUGCCUGGUAUUUAUAUCUGAAAAUCCAGAGUACAUUAUUACAAGUUAUUUUUAGUAGUGUAACCCAGAAAACUUGAGGAAGUAUAUUUGUUAAUCUGUGGCUUGAGAUUUUUUUAAAAAAUUAUUUUGUUAAUCUCUUAGCAUCUUGGAUCUAUGAAGAUACCAAGGAGGAUAACUUAUACAUGGAUGCACAAAUACAGAUUUUAUGUUUUGGCUUAAAAAUAGGUAUUUUUUAAAAAAUAGAUAUUCUAAAACAUAUAUACUAGAGAUUUAUUAGAGCAGUUGGAUCUGGUUAAUAUAAGUACCAACUCACUUGCAAAUCAAGGCAUUUCACAGUGAAAUUAUUUUCAUAUUUUCUUUCAAAAACAUGCACCAUAUUUUUGCCUACUUUGAACGUAUACUUCUCUUAUGAAUCUAAUUUUUCUGCAUUACCUUUGGGUGGUAUUUUCCUAUGGUGUGGUUUUCCUAUGGUGUGUACAUGACCAAUAAAUUCUUCCAGUAAAAAAGCUGUUAAAA